CAGUGCGCGUCUUUAAGCACAGGCAGUGGGGGGAGUGUCUGUCUCCGGUAUAUCAUCAGUGGCACCUUGGCUCCGGGCUACAGAACGGGAGCCGCUGGAAAUAACACUCGGAUGCGCCGCGCACUGGAGCUAUUUGCACGCAGACUUCGGAUUAAUCUCAGCCUGGAUAAACGCACUAGAGAUGGGGUGGCCGAGCCCGCUGUGCCCCUACGCCCUACCCGUCACCCUGAUGGUCUUCAGUUCAGCGCUGGCGGCCAAUAACUAUAACUGCGACGGACCCUUGGGGGCGACGAUGCCUGCGACGUCGUUUGAGGGCUCAUCACAGCUUUCUGACGGCACCGCUCCACAUUUCUCCAGGCUGAAUAAAAGAGAGGGAGCUGGGGGUUGGUCCCCCCAGCACAAGGACCGGAACCCCUGGCUGCAGCUGGACCUGCGCGAUAGGCUGGAGGUGACUGGAGUGGCUACACAGGGCCGCUCUGGCAGCUCUGAUUGGGUGACCAGCUUCCGGCUGCUAGCCAGUGACACGGGGAGGGCGUGGAUGCCAUACCUGCAGGAAGACGGUGUGACGACGUUCCAGGGGAACACCAAUGCUGAGGGCGUGACCCAACACAGGUUCCCCCAGUCCAUCCGAACCCGGUUUUUGCGCUUUGUCCCCCUCAGUUGGAACCCCAGCGGCUGGGUCGGCCUGCGAGUCGAAGUCUACGGCUGCAUGUACAAGUCGGAUGUGGCAGAUUUUGACGGCAGAAGUUCCCUCCUCUACCGAUUCAACCAGAAGUCCAUGAGCACGGUGAAGGACGUGAUCUCACUGCGGUUCAAGAGCCAGAAGGGGGAGGGUGUGCUGGUACACGGGGAGGGCCAGAGGGGAGACCAUGUGACCCUGGAGCUGCAUCGGGGCAGGCUGGCCCUGCAUCUCAAUCUGGAUGAUGCCAAACUGCACCCUGGGGGUGGGCACGCAUCACUGAGCCUGGGCAGUUUGCUGGAUGACCAGCGUUGGCACACUGUGCUGGUAGAGCGGUUCAACAAACAAGUGAACUUCAGCGUGGACGGGCAGACGCAGCACCUGCGCACCGGGGGUGCUGACGACUCGCUGGACGUGGAUUACGAGCUCAGCUUCGGGGGAAUCCCGUUGCCCGGGAAGCCAGGGACCUUCCUUCGAAAGAACUUCCAAGGCUGCAUGGAGAACCUGUACUACAAUGGGGUCAACGUCAUCGACCUGGCCAAGAGACGCAAGCCACAGAUCUACAGUGUGGGCAACGUGACCUUCUCAUGCUCGGAAGCCCAGCCCGUAGCUGCCACCUUUCUGAGCUCCCGAAACAGCUUCCUGUUACUGCCAGCAGAGCCUGCGAAGGAGACGCUGUCCGUCUACUUUCAGUUUCGAACCUGGAACCGGGAUGGGCUACUUCUCUUUGUCCGGCUGGGCCGGGGUCCCGGCUGCCUGGCCCUGCGCAUCAAUGGCGGCCAGUUGAGACUCACCCACCAGCACUCGGCCCUGCAGAAGUCAGAAAUCUCCACCAGUGACGGCGUGAAUGAUGGGCUCUGGCACUCCAUCAGCGUAUCCAUGAAGAACCGGCAGGUGUCCCUGGUGCUGGAUGGCGAGUCACCGCUGACGGUGGAGCUAGACGAGCAUGGCAUCAGCGAGGGCAGCUUCUUCUUUGGAGGGUGUCCUCCGGCCCCCAAUAACUUUGGCUGCAGGAACCCGACUCUGGCUUUCCAAGGAUGUCUGCGCCACAUUUUCCUUAACAACCAGGCAGUGGACCUGUUCCAUGUGCAGCAAGGGAUGCUGGGUAACUUCAGUCACCUGCAAAUCGACGCCUGCGGCAUCAGAGACAGAUGUACGCCCAGCUUCUGCGAGCACGGUGGCCGCUGCACACAGUCCUGGAGCUACUUCCACUGUGACUGCUCGGGCACGGGCUACACCGGACCCACCUGUCACAACUCCAUCUACGAGCCAUCAUGUGAGGCAUACAGGCAAACCGGCAGCUCCUCCGGCUAUUUCUCCAUCGAUCCGGAUGGGAGUGGCCCCUUGGAGUCCACAAAGGUGUACUGCAACAUGACAGAGGACAAAGUGUGGACAGUAGUGGCCCACAACAUUACUGAGCCGGUGCGGGUGCAGGGCUCAUCACUACAGAGGCCGCACAUCAUGCACUUCAACUACAGCGCUUCACCCGAGCAGCUCCGCAGCCUGGUGGCCACGUCAGAGCACUGUCAACAGGAAGUGGAGUACCGCUGCAGGAAGUCCCGCCUCUUCAACACCUGGGAUGGCACCCUCCUGUCCUGGUGGCUGGACCGCAGCGGGGAUAGGCACACCUACUGGGGCGGCGCGCUGCCCGGCGUGCAGCAGUGCUCCUGUAGCCUGGAGGAGAACUGCCUGGACAUGAACUAUUUCUGCAACUGCGACGCUGAUCGGGAGUCAUGGGCCAAUGAUACCGGGGUACUCUCCUACAAAGACCACCUGCCAGUGAGCGAAAUCUCAAUUGGGGAUACAAACCGGACAGACUCUGAAGCCAUCUACAGGAUUGGGCCUCUGCGUUGCCACGGUGAUAGAUUCUUCUGGAAUGCUGCAUCCUUUUACCAGGAAUCCUCCUACCUGCAUUUCCCGACUUUCCAGGCUGAGCUCAGCGCUGACAUCUCCUUCUACUUUAAGACCACUGCGCCCUCCGGGGUCUUCCUGGAGAACAUGGGAAUUAAGGACUUUUUUCGUGUGGAGCUGAGCUCACCAUCCGCUGUCAACUUCACCUUCAACGUGGGAAAUGGCCCAGUAGCCCUGGUAGCCAAGUCCCAUGUGCCGCUGAAUGACAAGCAGUGGCAUUAUGUGCGGGCGGAGCGUCAUGUGAAGGGAGCCUCACUGCAGGUGGACCAGCUGCCUUUGCGCUACAGCGAGGCGCCCCCUGAUGGCCACCUGCGCAUGCAGCUCAGCAGCCAGCUCUUUGUAGGGGGCACCGCCUCCAGGCAGAAGGGCUUUCUGGGCUGUGUCCGUGCACUCAUCAUGAAUGGGCUGACCCUGGACCUAGAGGAGCGUGCCAAAAUGACUCCUGGUGUGAGCAGUGGCUGCCCGGGACAUUGCAGCGGUCACGCCAAUCUGUGCCACAACCGGGGUCGCUGCAUGGAGAGCAACAACGGCUACACCUGUGACUGCACCCACUCCGCCUAUGGGGGGCCUCACUGCAACGAAGAGGUGUCCCUGUCCUUUGAGCUUGGCUCCUCGGUGACCUACACCUUCCAAGAGCCAUUCUCCGUCAUGCACAACAGGAGUGCCCAGUCCCCAACUGUCUACGCUGAAAGCGGCAAGUCCCGGGAGAACGUGGCCUUCAGCUUCAUGACCAGCCAUUGCCCGGCCAUGCUACUAGCCGUCAGCACCUUCUACGGCCAGUACAUGGCCAUCAUUCUGGCCCAGAACGGAAGCUUGCAGAUCUGGUACCGGCUCGACAAGGACAGGAAGCCUGAUGUUUUUACACCAGUGCCAGCUAACUUCGCUGAUGGGCAGCUCCACUCAGUUCGCAUCCACCGAGAAGGAAAAGACAUCCACGUUCAGAUGGACAAGGAAACAAACCAAAAAUACACCUUGUCCCGUGAUACGGAUCUGAAUACGAUCAGGGCUCUCACUUUGGGAAGAGUGUCAGGAAGCAUAGGCAUGGACGAGGAAGUGCAGCAGGCCGCAUCCAGGGGAUUUGUCGGCUGCCUGUCAUCAGUUCAGUUCAAUCACGUGGCGCCCCUGAAGGCAGCCCUGCUGAACCGCGGCAGCUCAUUGGUCAGCGUGCGGGGCCGUUUGGAGGAGGCCAGUUGCGGCUUGCAGGCAGAUAGGACCACGUCACACUCCCACUCAGACUCUGAGAAGGUUGACAGAGGCAUAGAGCACCUCGCCAACGCAGUGCAGAGGGACUCGGCAGUGAUUGGAGGGGUGAUUGCAGCCGUGGUCUUCAUCACUCUGUGCGUGGUGGUAGCCAUGAGCCGCUUCCUGUACCAGCACCGGCAGGCACAGCGGGCAACCGGCCUCAAAGAGAAGGAGCAGAGUCGGGACCUGGAGCAGAGUCGGGACCUGGAGCAGAGGCGGGGCCUGGAGCAGAGGCGGGACCUGGAGCAGAGGCGGGACCUGGAGCAGAGGCGGUGCCUGGAGCAGAGGCGGGGCCUGGAGCCGGUAUACCGUCCGGACCUGAGCCUGCACAGUACAGUGCGGGACAACCGCAAGGAGUACUACAUCUGACGCUGCUCUUUGCCCUUCCCAAACUGCUCAAGCCCUCCCGCCCGUGCCAGCCACCUGCCCACGUGUCCAGGCAUCCAGAGUGACUGGAGAAGGGAACUCUUUCCCUGGAGAUUUUGGGAAAUCACCCCACUUACUGCUCCAAAGGUAUCACUCUCCUAAAGUAUGGCACUGAAGGCUAUUUUGUCAGCUGAAUGAAAGUGAUAUUGUGAUAAAAGGGUUGUGGGGGGGGGGGGGGCAGGAUUACCAAACCGUCAUAAACACCAGUUUGAUGAAAAAAUUAAUUUGAAAAGAAAUCUGCAGCAAGCCUCAAUUAAUCAAGGGCGCUGCAUGUGGCAAAACAACAUUCUGAGUCCAGGAGGCAUGAUCCUUCCUGGGUGUUUGGAGCAGGACAGCAGGCUGACAUGAUGCUGCGAUGGUGCCUUGGACACAGCUCCCUGGACACUUGUCUGACUCGAAGGAGCCCUGGGUCAUGUGCUGCUUGCUGUCUGGACACAGGGUCAAAACUGCUCUGGUUUGGAAAUGUGGGGCCCUCGCGUGGCUUCGAGUGCCCCUGCCUGACUGGUGGCCUCACGGACACAUCUCUAGAACCAUUUCAGGUCGGAAAAUGCGGUCACUACAGCUCUUGACAGACGGUCCCCUGAAGGCCUGGAGUCAAGACGUAUCGGAAAAGAGGCAUUAUAAAAGGCAGAGACCGGAGGACUCCACUCUGUACUCACAGCCGUCAAACCCCCAUUUACCUGGAAUCAGCGCAAACCCUUCAUCUAACACAGGGGGUGCUAUUCUGCCCAAAGAACACAGCUGUGUUAUGAGGGGGAGGAAGCAGCAGUCUAGCUGUGGACCUCCAGCACAUGCAGUACCUGCCAAAGCCUCUGCGUGGUGUUGCUGCAGCUGGACACCCCCACCUCUGCCAUCUGAACUCCCCCCGCUCCCCUGUCAGCCUGCACUGCUGUGGCCUUCCCUCUGUACACUUCACUUUUUUAACUUUGUUUUUUAUUGUCGUUUUUCUCCUUUUUUAUUUGUGCCCUAGCCUUGUUUACCUGUAAUAAACGUCACCUGUGAGUCGCUGCCCAGUUUA